AUGCAACCAGUUCAAUUUCCUGAGUUAGGCCUUGCUAAGUUAGGCCGUGUCAAUAUACAUGCUAAUCCAACCCUUGAGAAUAGACUGUUAGAUGGAAGCUCUACACUAUUUCUGAAAAUAUGCGUUUCUGCUAUUCCAAGGCAGUCAACCAGCUCUUUGGUGCAUCUUAAGAUUCCUGUUAGUGUACAUAAACAGCUUUGCAUUUCCAACCGAAUCUGCAAUAGGAACUCCGGCCUGUAUUGCAGCAGGAGUCUUAUCAAGAAAAAGUACGACCAAAAGGCUUUUGGAAGUGGAAUAUGCUCUAGAUUAAGGGACAAUAUUGAGACUGUAAGAUACAGAAGAUAUGAAAGCUCCAAGCACAUAAAACAAGGCCUUUGCGGUGCACUUUCGGUCAUCGACGAUCUUGGUUCCGGUUCCCCUCAACUGAAACUUCAUUGUGCUUCUAAAGAUGAUGAUUUUGGCAUCCAUUUUCUAUCCAAUACCCAAGACUUUAGGUGGUCGUUUUGCGAGCAUGAAUUCAGACGUACUAUGUAUUUUUGUCAUUUCUGGUGGGGUUCAAAAGAGAAUAGUUUUGAAGUGUUUAACGACGAAUUUAGGUGUGUCCAUAAGGCAGACAUUCCAAGUGCUCAUAAAUCCGAAUGUGUAUGGGUGGUGAGACCGGACGGUUUUUAUUUGGGAUACCAUCAGAAAAAUGGAAAUCUUUGGACGUUCAAGCAUCAUGAUUGGUGAUAAUUAUGAAGCUGAAGUUUUAAUUUAUGUUCUUGUUUCUUA